GUUGCCUUGCUUUUGAGCCGUCUCCUUUAAGACCCGGGCUUCUAACCUUAUAUCCCGCGCCGGAAGCGGAGCGGCGCCUUCAUUUCAGCUUUUCGGUGUGAAAGGGUGUUUCGACAGCUGUGGUUCCACCCGCGCUCGUGCAAGCGGACGGCUGGAGUUCUUGCGUGCGCGGCGCCGGGCUAUGGAGAAAGCUCCGCGGCUGGCGUGGCGGGGCUCAGCGCCGGUUUAACUUGAAGAAUUCAACUAGAGAAGAGCAGAUGGUGAGAGUUACCUCAUGUUAUCUACUGCUGUCCUUUUUGCCCUGCUGUGAUGGAUGAAUGGAAGCCUAACCCACAACCCAAGCCGUGGAAGAAACGCAGCUGGUACCUGGCCUGGAAGUACAAGUUGACAAAUCAAAGGGCACUCAGAAGAGUGUGUCAGAUGGGGGCGGUCCUUUUCUUGCUGGUAACUGUUAUUGUGAACAUAAAGUUGAUCUUGGACACUAGAAGAGCAGCCAAUGAAGAAGAAGAAUCAGCUCAGGAUUAUGAUGAAAGUUUGCAGAAGCUAGAGAUUCCUCGGCGGCCUAUCAAUAGCAGAAAAAUUCUGGACAUUGAGGUCUAUUCCAGUCGCUCCAAGGUUUAUGUUGCAGUUGAUGGGACCACGGUUUUAGAAGAUGAAGCCCGGGAACAAGGCAGAGGCAUCCAUGUCAUUGUGUUAAAUCAGGCCACAGGCCACGUGAUGGCAAAGCGGGUUUUUGACACCUAUUCUCCCCAUGAAGAUGAGGCCAUGGUUCUGUUCCUCAACAUGGUAGCCAAGGGUCGCAUCCUUAUUUUCACGAUUAAGGAUGAGGGCUCCUUCCACCUUAAAGACACAGCCAAGAGUCUUCUGAAGAGUUUAGGGAGCCAGAUUGCAACUUCCCUCAGCUGGCGAGACAUGUGGACAUUUGUGGGGAAAAAAGGAGGUGAAGUCUAUGGCGAGAAGCAUGCCAAGUCGGCACUACUCUCAUCAUGGGGAGAGCCAGUCUUACUGAAAACGGAAGUCCAAUUAACCUCUGUGGAAGAAGCAGAAUGCCAUUGGCCAGAUUCUGAGUUGAAUCGACGGCGAAAGCGUUUUUGCAGCAAAGUGGAAGGUUAUGGAAGUGUCUGCAGCUGUAAAGAUCCUACACCUAUAGAGUUCAAUCCUGAUCCACUGAAAGACAACAAAGUUUUUGAUGUACCUGUUGCUGUCAUUGCAGGGAAUAGACCUAACUACCUGUACAGAAUGCUGCGGUCUCUUCUAUCAGCACAAGGGGUCAAUCCUCAAAUGAUAACAGUUUUUAUUGAUGGAUAUUAUGAGGAGCCAAUGGAUGUAGUUGAAUUAUUUGGCCUGAAGGGAAUCCAGCACACGCCCAUCAGCAUUAAAAAUGCAAGAGUCUCUCAACACUACAAGGCCAGUUUGACUGCAACAUUCAACUUGCACCCGGAUGCAAAGUUUGCUGUGGUGUUGGAAGAAGACUUGGACAUUUCCAUUGAUUUCUUCAGCUUUCUAAGCCAGUCUAUCUAUUUGCUGGAAGAAGAUGAUAGCUUAUAUUGCAUCUCUGCUUGGAAUGACCAGGGAUACGAACAUACCGCUGAGGACCCUUCACUUCUGUAUCGUGUAGAGACCAUGCCAGGCCUGGGCUGGGUGCUAAGAAAGACUCUGUAUAAGGAUGAAUUGGAGCCCAAGUGGCCAACACCAGAGAAGCUUUGGGACUGGGACAUGUGGAUGCGCAUGCCAGAACAGCGGAAAGGCCGGGAAUGCCUCAUCCCAGACGUGUCCCGUUCGUAUCACUUUGGCAUUGUUGGCCUCAACAUGAAUGGCUACUUCCAUGAAGCCUAUUUCAAAAAGCACAAGUUCAACACAGUCCCCAAUGUACAGCUUAAGAAUGUGGAGAGUUUAAAGAAAGAUGCAUAUGAAAUUGAACUUCAUCGUCUGCUCAGUGAGGCUGAAGUUCUAGAUCAUAGCAAAAAUCCUUGUGAGGAUUCUUUUGUCCCAGACACUGAAGGGAAAACCUACGUGAUGUACAUAAAGAUGGAGCAGGAGGCAGAUUUCACAACUUGGACUCAGCUUGCCAAGUGCCUCCACAUUUGGGAUCUGGAUGUCCGGGGGAAUCAUAAAGGACUAUGGCGGCUCUUUAGGAAAAAAAAUCACUUCUUGGUUGUAGGAGUCCCUGCCUCUCCAUAUUCAUUCAAAAAACCUUCUUCGGUGACCCCAAUCUACAUGGAACCCCCAGCCAAGGAUGAGGCAGCAGGAGCAGAGCAAACAUGAAGCAGAUCAUGGAGUGUCGACCAUAUUGCCUUCAUAGCCUGCAGAAUAAAAGGGCAGAGGAACACUUAGAGCUCUCUGGGACUGGCUUUUCUCUGGAAGUCUUGAGAAGUAGGACAAGCCAAAGGGAGCUCUCCCCAUCCCUCAUCCUCAGGCUGCUGCCGAGAGUGGAUAAAUUGCCUUGGAGGAACAGGCGUCUUUAAUAUUUUUCUAAGCCACUGAAACAAUGCAGGUGUCUCAUUUUUAAUAUUGAUGCUUUACUAAUUGUGGGCCACUAUUUCCCCAAAUUGGGGUUGGGCCUGAGGGAGCUGUUUGAAAGGGACUGAGUCCCUUUAGAAGCUCUUUCCAUAUUGUUACCUGAGGAUAUAAUUUUUUUUUAAUUUAUUAGUUUGCUGCAGUGGUCAGCCACUUUCUAAAGGCUGUUUUCUUGCUUUAUAUUUCUGCUGGUUUUUGAGGUGAGUAAUAAUGAUGGGAAUUGUUCCUGGAAAGCAUAUGGAGCCAUACCUUAAAUCCACAUACCACUGCCUAGCUAGUGACUUUAUGGCCAGUGGUUCACAUGCGCACAAAGAAGAGUUUUGUAGCCUUGGCUUCGUGAUCAAAGGAUGCAAGCUGCAAAAGAACUGCAUGUGUUUACUGUGUAUUGAAUGUCCUGGUCACUCGGACUCAGAAUUCCCUUUUAUCCUCUCUCAUCCUCUCCUCCCAUUGGGCAGAGAUGGCAGUGAAAGGUGGUCCCUUUCAAAGCUAUGGGUUCCUAAGUUCCCAGUGGAUCUGCCUGGAUUCAGCUAAGGCAGUUGGUCUUGGUUGAAGUAUCUGAAAAGAUACAGGCUACAUGGUUUGGUCAUUUCCGUAAAAUGCCUGCAGGAAGAGCUAAGCAGCAGUAAAGAAGAAAAGUGCCUUGAGCAAGCAUGUGCUGGCCUGGGAAGCUUUAGUGUUUACCAGUAUAUCAGGGUACAGAAAUAGUAAAUGAGUCAGAUUAAAUCUUACUUCUGAGUGAAGUUGGUCUGUAGGUUUCUGAAAACCAAACCCAGAAGUAGCCAGCCAUCAUAGGGUCUUUCUACCACUAAUGACAACUCCACUUGCUCUCCCUCCUGUGAUAUAACCUGAGUCCCUUCCUGUUAAAUGUGAGGUGCAGGUACUAAAGUAUUUUGUCCCCAAAGGAAAACUCAAAGGGACUUGUAUGCACUGGGGAAGGUUUUGAGACUAAGUCCUAAGAAAGGGCAACUCGGGGCUCUGCUAGAUACUGUAGAUAAUCAGAGGUGAAAGGGUGUGGGGAGACAGAGGAAGAAGCAAUUCAGGGAUAAAGAGCAAAUCAUGGUUUCCUCUUGGAUAUCCUGUGCCUUAUGGAGAAGAGGGAAGGUUUUAGGUUUCAAAUGUGACUUUCAAUAUAUUCACACCAUGAAUAGAUUAAGGGAAAAGGAAAUGAACAUUCCCCUCAAGGGAACAACUAGAUUCUAGUUUGAGGCCACCUUUCCUUUAUUUUGUUGAGUUACCUCUUUGUGUUUUCCUCUUUUUCCUCACUGUCCUCCAAACUUGUCCAAUACCAGUAUGAGUUAAACAGCAAAUACCUUUUCCUGUCCAUAAGGCAGCUUGAAAACUUCUUGUUUUGAUUAGUUAGCCAGUGCAUGGUUCUCCUUGAAACUCAGGCUCCUACUUAUUCUAGAGCCCAAGGGUUUCUGUGCUUGAAUGAGACCUCAAGUAGAACAUAUGACCUAAUACUGUCCUAAAUAUAUUUGCAAAGGUCACCUGUCUGCUGCGACCCUAAAGUUUUCAUUGGCAAAGCAGUGGAUAGUUCAUGCGAGGAUUUCUGCCGACAAAAAUUGUGGUCCUCUUGGCUCUAUCAGUCUUGGUGGAUGGUGGUCUUCAACUUGUAGGAUGAACGUGAACUCCAGUGUGGGAGUACAACAGUGCUGUUUUUGUUCUGCCUUGAUUUUAUUUCCUGCCCUGUUAUGUGAAGAAGGAGAAAUGACUUUUUCUAAAGAAACACAGAAGAGACAUAACUUACUAAGAAUCCUGACAGGGGUGUCGUUUGGUGUGUUUUAAGUAUGCAAAUGUGCAUCAGAAAAACAAAAUGUUCUGUUGAAAUAGCUCUCAUUCUGGAGCCACAAGCAUUUGACCAUUUUGUGGAACUUGGCGUAGAACUUCCUUUUUGGACUUGUGUAGUCUCCCAAAGCUGGUUCCAUUAAUGGGGAGUAACUUCUACAUUCGGGGCUGAGGAGUCAACAACUUGAAUUUACAUCUUUUAGAAGCAUGCUGUGGUUUUUUACCCUUUUAUUUAUUUGGCCAUUAGGACUGAUGAAAAUAAUCCAGUUCCUUGAUUUAUAUGGUGGUUCGACCCUUAAUACUGGGGGAUAGAGACUCCAUAUCAGGAACAGAUCCUAAAAGCUAUUUUCAGGGGAGGCAGGAGGAGCAGGAAGAGAUUUAAUAGAUUUGUUACCAAGUGAAUAUCAAUCAAUGCAUGACCUCCCUUCUAUUUGUAGAUAUAAAUUCAGAUUUAAUAUUGGGGUCUUCAAAAUCCUUGAUUUUGAGAGAUGGUCUAAUCCAGGGGUCUCCAACCUUGGCCACUUUAAGACUUGUGGACUUCAACUCCCCUAUAUUUGGGGGGUGGGGAUUCAGGAACAGACUUCCGGCCAGUGCUAAUCAUUAAUGUGUUACGUUCUCCCUACCUUCACAGCUCUGGUGUCCAUUGUCCCUUAAAUCCUUGGUAGAGAAGAGCACGUCACUUCCCUCUAUUGCAGUUUCAUAGUAGAAAGGCGAUUCUUGCAAAACUUGGAAACCCUGCUCACUUUUCAAUUAGAGUGGUGGAGGCCCUUACACUUCCAAGGUCCAUCUCUUUCAGAACUGCAUUUUCUAUACAGUGAUGCAAGGUUACUUUGUUAAGACACAACCAUAUUGUUUUAUCGGGUCCACCUUUUGCCUUGUCUAGCCAAGUGUAGGAAUACCUGACAGUGAUGAAAUCCUAUGGAAAGGAAGGUUACUUUGAUGCAACAUUUAUGAGAACUUUGUUAAAUAGUUUUUGAUAUGUUUGGGUGGGGCAAUAAAAUGCUAGAGAUGAUAAUUCUCAUCAAGGCCAGUUCAGCCUUGAAGGUAAAGGCAAAAGUCUAGAGAUCCAUAAAUGCCUUGUUCUUCAUUCAUCAAAAGGCAGUUGGAAUGACACUAGACUUAGAAGAUACUUGUAUUAAAGAAAAUUAUUUGCCCCAGCUAAGUAAUGUAUAGCCAAGAAGGAACAAUUGACAGGAGGGGAAGAAAAUGGCAGGAAUAUGUUUAUACUGAUUUUGUUUUCCUUUCAUCUAAUUGUUUUAAAAAAAUCUUAGAAUCAGGUGUGCUAUUCAGCAGGUUCUGGAGAACUAGUAGCAGAAAUUUUGAGUGGUUUGGAGACCCAGCAAAUACUACCUCUGGCUGGCCCCAGAAUGGGGUGGGAAUGGAGAUUUUGCAAUAUCCUUCCCCCAGGAGUAGGGAGGGAAUGGGGAUUUUGCAGUAUCCUUCCCCUGGAGUAGGGUGAGAAUGGAAAUUUUGCAGUAUACUUCCCCUGCACGCCCACUGAGCCACACAACACCCACAGAACUGGUAUUUAAAAAAAUUGAAUUCCACCACUGCUUAGAAUUGUUCUUUUUCUUACCAAAAAUGCUUCUUUGUAAAAUUACCUGAAGAUGUUUACAUCUGAUGUUUCUGUUAUAUCAAUUAGGGUUUAGAGAAAAAAGAGCAGUAUUGGUUAAAAUGAGAUUUUUUCCCCCCAUCAAACAACAAAUAAAUCUAGGGGAACUGAUAUGCCUAGUGCCAUUCUUUACAGACUAUACUAUGCAGAAAAUGGCAAUUGAAUUUUCUCUCCAACUAUUUCCUUAUACUUAUACACCCAUUCUGGCUAGCCACUCUUAAAGACGGAAUAAUAUAAAAGUAAUGAAAUCAAUUCCAUGUGAGUCUACAAGGCAAUAAUUAUUAGCUCCUUAAAACAAUUGAGGUGCGUAUGGAGAGAGUGAAAUAACCAAAUGAUUGUCCUUUUUGAGAGUUUGUUUAAAUUUGAAUUAUCGCAAAACACCUAGCAGUUUUCAGGCAUGCCUAAAACAAUGGGGAUAUAUUCAGAUAUUGCUGGAUUGAUUGUCAUUUUGUAUAAGAUCUUGUGGCCUAAGCUACUUAUCAGAAUGCAGGUCCAAUCUUCCCCCGUUCUGCAUACGAUUAUGCUUGACUACAUACUUGCAACAUCAAAACUGGUGUUAUGGUCCUCUGAAUAGAUUCCAUCUGGGCUAGAUUUACUCUUUCUACCCUUUUUUCUACUAUUGAUAUCUAACAUAACAUAACAUAACAACAGAGUUGGAAGGGACCUUGGAGGCCUUCUAGUCCAACCCCCUGCCUAGGCAGGAAACCCUACACCAUCUCAGUCAGAUGGUUAUCCAACAUUUUCUUAAAAAUUUCCAGUGUUGGAGCAUUCACAACUUCUGCAGGCAAGUCGUUCCACUUAUUAAUUGUUCUAACUGUCAGGAAAUUUCUCCUUAGUUCUAAGUUGAGUAAAUCUCUCAAUCUCUCUCUCUCUCUCCCUCCUUCCCCUUCUCCCUUUCCGUUUCUCUCUCCCUCUCCUUUAUUUCCCCUUUUCUGUUGUUCAAAGUAUUUGUGGCCUGAGUGCUUCUGGUUUGUGGGCAGGCAUCGCUUCUUGCAUGCAGUCAGAGAGGGAAGAGAGGUUGAGUGCAACUGGGCUGGCUGCUUUUUGGUAUCUCAUGUGCCUGUGUUUUCCAAAAAUAAAGAUGCAAUAAAGAAUUGUUGCAUCUCCUGUCUUUUACAUCUCUAUGCAUGGUGAUGUCUUUUCCUGCAAAUAAAGGCUGUCCUUUUUUA